AUGGAUGAGGCGUCCCACUAUGGGGACCAUGGCGAAGCUGUAGAUGUAGUGCUACAUCCCUUGAAGUCGGAGUUGAACUUCCCAUACGGCCCUAAGGAGCCUUUGGAUGGCUCCUCUCCAAGAGCCUUCCGCUGGACCCUUCCAAUGCAUCUCUUUGAAGCUUUGUUCUUGGCACAGGCGGUGCUGAAGAAUCGUGGCAGAUUGCCGUCCCAAGCAGAGGCGCAGUUAUCCGGAGCUCAAGGCACUCGUUACAAGGAGAUUGCGGUUGGUCUCAGCAAACGCCUUGCCCAGGGCUAUGCUAUGAAGGCGCUGCAAGCAUCGCCUCACCUGGUGCUGUUGGAAGAUGCUUUCUUUGAAGAGGACAGCGAUUGA